AUGAAGCUUCUCUACCCCACCUCCCUCAAGCUUGACGUGGACAGCCUUCAGGGCUUCUCCGUCCAGCUCGUCCCCUACGACGUCAAGACUGCUAUUCCCGAGGAGCACACCGACGCCGAGGCUCUUGUCACCUGGACCAACACGGCCGACAACCUCAAGGACGCCGCCUCCCGCCUCAAGAACCUCAAAUGGAUCCAGUCACUCGCUGCCGGCCCUAACGACGUCCUGAGCGCCGGCUUCGACACCUCAAAGAUCAUCGUGACAACCGGCUCCGGCCUGCACGACCACACCGUUGCCGAGCACGCCCUCGGCCUGCUCCUCAACGCCGCACGCCGCUUCUACGAGAUGCGCGACUACCAGCUCCAGGGCAAGUGGCCCGGCCACCUCGGCGGCGCCCAACCCGACCGUCCCGCGGGGGCCUUCACGACGCUGCGCGAUGCCCGCGUGCUGAUCUGGGGCUUCGGCAACAUCGCCAAGGCGCUCACCCCGCACCUGCGCGGCCUCGGGGCGCAGGUCAAGGGCGUUGCGCGCAACGCCGGUGUCCGCGACGGCGUUGAGGUCUACGGCGAGGACAAGCUGGCCGAGCUGCUGCCCGAAACCGACGCGCUUGUCAUGAUCCUCCCGGGCUCCGACUCCACCAACAACGCGCUGAACGCCGAGCGCCUCAAGCAGCUGCCCAAGCACGCUUGGAUCGUCAACGUCGGCCGUGGUACCGCGAUCGACGAGGAUGCGCUGGCCGACGCGCUAGACAAGGGCGAGAUCGGUGGCGCCGCGUUGGACGUCUUUGUCAAAGAGCCUCUUCCCGAGUCAAGCCGUUUCUGGAAGACCCCGAACACCAUCGUCUCUCCACAUGCAGCUGGCGGACGGCCACAGGGCGCCGAGGCGUUGAUCGCAUACAACUUGAGACGGUACCGCGCUGGUCAGUCGCUGAAGAACGUUAUCUAA